UGACCACCUGAAUCUUAGAGCUCUCUUUCCCCUCCCACUCCCAAGAGUGGUCCAGGCUUCUUGACUUGAAGUCCAAGCCCCACCUUCUGGAACAAUGCAGUCAACAUAUGCUACUCGGUCCCCUUAUGGAUCCUCUGUCUGUCAGACUUACUCCCAUCCUGAGGGGGCCACCUGCUUCUGACCUCGGUCCCUGUGAAGUCAGUCCCCUCCUCCCCUCUGUUUAACCUUCCUUCCCUCACUUUCUCCUCCAUCCUCCUCCUCACUAAGAGGGAUGCUCCCUUUAUCCACAUCUAACCCACUCCCGGAUCUCCAAAUAUUUGGGAGGGAAAAUGGGCGGGCAGAAAGAAUUUUCUCCUUGGCCUAGUCUGGUCCAGGGAUGCAAAGAAGACAGUAGAAAUUUGAAGCAGAAAAUCAGCUGGAGCAGGAAAAUCAGGAAGGGGGUGAGUGACUAGUUGUUGGGGGUCUAGGGAAGGACUUUCUACGGGUGCUGAGGAGGCAGGCAUGGGCAGGAUCAUGAGGAAGGACCAGAGGCUGUAUUCACGGGAUGCUUGGGUACUGGACACAGCAGGCUUCCAGAUGACAUUACUUGAUGCCUGCAUUACAGCUGAGGGUUGAUGCUCCCUCUGCCUUUCGUUGCUCCACCCCCUACUUAGGUCAAUAUUUAUGUGUCCUAGACCUAGAGAGGCCCCUGGACUCACCACUGUCCCAACUGCACUCUCCCUGUCCCGCCUUCCCCACCGCCCGCCCCGCUGGCCAGUCCCCACGCCCACACACCCGAGGCUGCCUCAUCUGGCACUGAUUAUCCCUGCUGCUGCUGCUGCCGCUGCUAAACUCAGCUGCUGCCUCGUCUCGAGGACCCCAGCGCCUCUCCCCCCGGCCAUGCUGCCUGCUGCCACUGCCUCCCUCUUGGGGCCCCUCCUCACUGCCUGGGCCCUGCUGCCUUUCGCCCAGGGCCAGACCCCCAACUACACCAGACCUGUGUUCCUGUGCGGAGGGGAUGUGACUGGGGAGUCUGGUUACGUGGCAAGUGAGGGUUUCCCCAACCUCUACCCCCCUAAUAAGGAAUGCAUCUGGACAAUAACGGUCCCUGAGGGCCAGACUGUGUCCCUUUCCUUCCGAGUCUUCGACUUCGAGCUGCACCCUGCCUGCCGUUACGAUGCUCUGGAAGUCUUUGCCGGGUCUGGAACCUCCGGCCAGCGGCUUGGACGUUUCUGUGGGACCUUCCGGCCAGCGCCCUUAGUCGCCCCCGGCAACCAGGUGACCCUGAGGAUGACUGCGGACGAGGGCACAGGAGGACGAGGCUUCCUGCUCUGGUACAGCGGGCGGGCCACCUCGGGCACUGGCCCCCCCCCAGGCGCGAGGCGGAAAUGGGUCACCGACCCGCGGGUGGAAUGGGCGGCCUGGGGUUACUGGGACGAGCACCAAUUUUGCGGGGGGCGGCUGGAGAAGGCCCAGGGAACCCUGACCACGCCCAACUGGCCCGAGUCUGAUUAUCCCCCGGGCAUCAGCUGUUCCUGGCACAUCAUCGCUCCCCCGGACCAGGUGAUCUCGCUGACCUUCGGGAAGUUUGACCUGGAGCCCGACACCUACUGCCGCUACGACUCGGUCAGUGUGUUCAACGGAGCCGCGAGCGACGACGCCAAGAGGCUGGGGAAGUUCUGCGGCGACACCGCCCCGGGUACCAUCUCCUCGGAAGGAAACGAGCUCCUCGUCCAGUUCGUCUCUGACCUCAGUGUCACGGCCGAUGGCUUCUCCGCCUCCUACAAGACCCUGCCGCGGGGUGCCGCCAAAGAAGAGCAGGCCCAGAGCGCCGGGGAGGAUGCCCGGUCGGGUACCCCGAUCCUCAGCCCGGGCCCCAAGCCCGGACUCCCAUCUGAGGAGAAACCAAAAGCCUCGUCUGAGGCCCAGGCAACUCCGGGGGGCCCCGAUGUGCCCAGUGUCCCCUGCCCAAAGCAGUGCCGCCGGACAGGCACCUUGCAGAGCAACUUCUGUACCAGCAACCUGGUGGUGACCGCAACAGUGAAGUCCAUGGUUCGGGGCCCAGGGGAGGGCCUCACUGUCACUGUCAGUCUCAUUGGUGCUUACAAAACCGGUGGCCUGGACCUGCCUUCUCCACUCACUGACACUCCCCUGAAGUUUUAUGUGCCCUGCAAGCAGUGCCCCCCCAUGAAGAAAGGAGUCAGUUAUCUGAUGAUGGGCCAGGUGGAAGAGAACAGAGGUCCUACCCUUCCUCCAGAGAGCUUCGUAGUUCUCUACCGGUCCAACCAGGACCAGAUCCUCACCAACCUCAGCAAGAGGAAGUGCCCCUCCCAACCUGUCCGGGCUGCUGGGUCCCAGGCCUGAAACCCAGGCCAGCUUCCCAGCCCCUAGCCCUAGGGACUCCUUUCUUAUCCAAAUAAAUGUUUCUUGACUGAG